GGCCGCAGCGGGCAGAGGAAGGCUCUGCGCUCCUUAGGGAAAGGCAGCACCGGGCUCCGAGCUGGGAGCGGCGGCAGCCUCGGCCUGGGCAGCGCCCAGUGGCGGCUGCGGGAAGCAGAGGGAGCCCGGCGCGGGCGCGGGCGGGGAGCGUGCGUCGGUUCGCACAGGCAGCGGGAGGAGGGGCCGCGCGAGCCAUGGCCGGGGAUAGCGAACAGACCCUGCAGAACCACCAGCAGCCCAACGGCGGCGAGCCCUUCCUGAUCGGCGUCAGCGGGGGCACGGCCAGCGGCAAGUCUUCCGUCUGUGCUAAGAUCGUGCAGCUUCUGGGGCAGAACGAGGUGGACUAUCGCCAGAAGCAGGUGGUCAUCCUGAGCCAGGACAGCUUCUACCGUGCCCUCACUUCAGAGCAGAAGGCCAAAGCCCUGAAGGGCCAGUUCAACUUCGAUCACCCAGAUGCCUUUGACAAUGAACUCAUCUUCAAGACACUCAAAGAAAUCACGGAAGGGAAAACUGUCCAGAUUCCCGUGUACGACUUUGUUUCCCAUUCCCGGAAGGAGGAGACAGUUACUGUCUACCCCGCAGACGUGGUGCUCUUCGAAGGGAUCCUGGCCUUCUACUCCCAGGAGGUGCGAGACCUGUUCCAGAUGAAGCUUUUUGUGGACACAGAUGCGGACACCCGGCUUUCCCGCAGAGUAUUAAGGGACAUCAGCGAAAGAGGGAGGGACCUUGAGCAGAUUUUAUCUCAGUACAUUACAUUCGUCAAGCCUGCCUUUGAGGAAUUCUGCUUGCCAACAAAGAAAUACGCUGACGUGAUCAUUCCUAGAGGUGCAGAUAAUCUCGUGGCCAUCAACCUCAUUGUGCAGCACAUCCAGGACAUCCUGAACGGGGGCCUCUCCAAACGACAGACCAAUGGCUAUCUCAACGGCUACACCCCUUCACGCAAGAGGCAGGCCUCGGAGUCGAGCAGCCGGCCGCACUGACCCCAUCUCCAAAGGGCCGGAGGAGGGGCAGGAGGCACUGUGCAUCUGUGCUUGUGGCUCCCUAAGACACUGCUGUAUUUAAGAAAACACCAUGGAGAUGAAAUGCCUUUUUUUUUUUUUUUGGUACUUUGGAGCGACGGAAUGAAACAGGAGCUGACCCUGAGCUUAAAUGACAAACUGUGCCAACUACUACUGGUGAUGCCUAAUUAUGAGUCCAACGUGUAACCAGUUAUAAAUACAUAUAUAUAUAUAUAAAAGGAUCUAUUUUUGUGUAAAUGUACAAAUACUGUACAGCUGUUUGCCGUAAGUAUUCUGCAGGAGGGCCUGUCCUUGAGUGUGUUGGGGGCUGGACCUGGGGUUUCACACCUGGUACCCGGCGUGUGCCCCAUGGGGCAGGCUCAGGUGGCUGUGGAAGGGAGGCUCGGGGCUCGUGGCUCUCAGCGUCUGCACGACUCAUUGGAAGUGGAGUUUGGAACCUUUGAUCGCCUCCCCUGCCAGAUGCUACCUUCUUGGAGCUGGAGCUUUAGGAUAAUGUGGAUAAGAUAUCCUCUUUUAUUUUUUCUUCUCUCUCUCUCUCUUUUUUUUUCUGAGUUAAAAUUAGGCAAGACCUCAAUUAAAAAAUCAAACUCAGGGAAGAAGCCCACGGAGGGGAACGAGUCUUCUGUGUUUUCUUCUUGCCCCGACCCCACCUCCAGCUGCUCAGGCAGCUCGCUGUUUCCUUCCUUCCUUACUCACCCGCUUCCGAAAACCAGAGUGGCUUCUCUCUCCUUCCAUGGUGGGGAUGCGAUGGAGUUGCAUCCUGACAGAGUGAGGAAAGAAGGACCAUGCCUGUUGUAGCAUCUGAGAUGCUGACGUCUUCUGGGGAGGUCACAAUGAUAGUCCUCGGGCUUUUCCCCAGAUUGUGGGGUGCACAGUGGACCCUAGCAGCCUGGGCUUUGGUUGAGGACCUCUCCUGGCAGCCAGCCCCUCCCAGGGCAGCCAGAGAGCUCUGCUGUAUAGGGAGCUGUAGCGUUUGUUCCCCACCCUGAGGGAUUUGCAGCAAGGUGAAGUCAGCAGGGGCCAUGACAGGCAGUAUCACGGCCACACUGAUUUCCUUAUUUGCCGUGUAGCCACGUCACCUGGCAGCUGGGCACAGAGGCAGGGAGGAAGAGUAGCGCUUUUAAAUUACAAGUUGGAGUCUUAGGCUGAAAGCAUUUGGGGUGGAGAAUUCUAGCUUUCCCCGAGGCUCCCUCUUGGUGGAAACUUCCUUCUUUGGAAGCAGUACAGAUUCCUGAAGAUUCUUGGUGGGGAGGGCCAGAGGAAGCAGGGGGCCUAAUGAGAUGGAGGAGCUGUGAGUAUAGUGUUCUAAAGCCUCAUCUUUUAACUGCAGAAAAGCCAGAACCUUUUAAUCUCGGCGUGGACCAUCUCAGUGCUCGAUAGGCUACACCUUUGUGGCUGCCACAGCCUGAAACAUUUUGGGAAUCCCUUCUCUUUCCAUUGCUUUUGUAGCCCAUUGGAGCCAUUCUGAUAAAUCCAACACCAUUAACUCUAGUCACAUCGAAUUGUUCCCGUAGGCUCAGCCUCACCCUCACCUGGUUUGCUUCCCCUUUUCUGGACUCCGUUUGACUAACUCUGUUGGGCUGUGUCUAAAAGUCAAACCUAAUCCGCAACAGGGCUUUGCCACCCCGAGACCUUCAGGAGACUGGACUACAGGCCCCGAGAGUAGCAACUGCUGAGUCGGAGCAAGGGAAGGCCCCCAGGGUGCCUGCUCUGAAGGCCAGUGCCCGGUGGGUUGGCUGAGUUCUGAAGUGCGCAUUUCCAAACCAGUAUUGAUUAUCUUUCCAGUCAUGCCUUGUGUAGCUCUGAGGUGAAGGGUGGAUGGCAGGCCUGGGUUAGGAUCCUGAGGACCCAAGGGCCUGCUGCUUUGCUGGGACCUGUGUUCAGGGGAAGCCGUUCCCUGUCUCGGGGAGCCUUGGCCCUUGGGUGGGUAGCACGCUCAACUUUACUUGAAGCUCCCAGGUGCCAAACCAUUCAGUGCCUUGGCUGUCUAUCCUACUGCCUUGGAAGAUGGAGUCUUCUCAUCCCUGAGCCUUGACUUACUUAGCUGCUUUUUCAUCCACUGGUGGUGUUGGGACCAAGCCUCCAGGGUCUCUGAGUAGCCCUGUCCUUGGUGGGAAACAGUUCUCAGGCUGCCCUGCCUCUUGGUAAAGUCAAAGUGUUAGUCCUUCAGUCGUGUCUGACUCUUUGCUAUCCAAUGGACUGUAGCCCACCAGGCUCCUUUGUCCAUGGAGUUCUCCAGGUGGGGCUACUGGAGUGAGUAGCCAUUCCCUUUGGCAGGGGAUUUUCCAGACCUAGGGUUUGAACCUGGGUCUUCUGCAUUGCAGGCAGACGCUAUAGUGUGUGAGCCACUAGGGAAGCCCCACCCCUUGACAUCUUGGCCUCUUGGCUGGGGCCUCGCUGGCCGUGCUAAUGACCCCUCUGGUUCUGUGACACAGAAAGUCUGGGGCAAGGAGGGGAUAGGAAGCUCUGCCCUGUGAGGACCCCAGCAUUUAGCCAACUGGGUAUCUAUCUGAACUUGAGCUUUCUAUGCGGCAAAUCCAGGAAUUGGCAUUUAAAUUGCCACUGGAUCUGUUUUUGCUGGAGCAUCAGAUAGAAUUAUUAGGCCAGAAAUGGAUACUGUUUGCUGUCUGGGCAAACAGAUGAGCAGAGUAGGGCACUGUUGGUUGCGUAUGCCUGGGAGUCUCUUGGCUUUAGAGACGCCUGGUGGCGCCUGCUUCUCCCGCUGUACAGGUGUUGUCCAAGAACCAUGUGCUUAGGUAACAGGCGCUGUGUUGCGGGAAGUCCUGGUCCCACACGCCUUCAUGCUAAUGGAACUUCUGCCAUCCUGGGACCAACAGGAGCAGAGAGCUGGGAGUGUGUGUAAGGAAGAUGCAGUGUUGUUACCUCAGGCAUCAUUGGUUUUGGAGUGGAUAGGGUGGGCCCUCGAGAGGCGAUAGUCUGUGAAGAACAGGCUGUGAAGGGUACCGCAGAAGCCUCCAGUUCACCCUUCAGAGCCUGUGAACCGCAGCAACCCACUGUGGUCUUGGCUGCUGGACGGUCAGGGACUUUGGCUUGCUGCCUCUCUGGGCUGGCUUGGACGCUCGUCGUGGUGCCUAGGGUGGGAUGCCAGCCUCUUGUGAGGCUGCAGGGUCAGGCUUGUGUGCAGGAGGGGCCGGAGCCCAGCUGGUUGGUGCACCACCUCCUUUGCCGCUGUUGUGCGGCGUCCCUGACUCAGCAACCUUGACCUGCCCCAGGGCCCAGAGCCAUUGGCAGGAACUAGUAGCCUCUUGCAGGGAAACGCUCUCCUCUACCCUGGAGACGCCCACCUGCCUGUCAACGACCACGUGGGUGAGGCAGGCGAGGGUGGUUCUGGGUCUCAGGGCUGGGCUUCGGGAAAGGGCUGGCUUCCCCCUGACCUCAGGGUAGAGGGGCAAAGUCUCAGUGUCCCAGCAGACGAGAGCGAGACGAGCAUGCUCGGGAAACCGUCGGGGCGAGUCUGGAGCUGAGUCCCCACCAUGGGCUUGGUCUCUGCGCCUUCUGCGGCCCUCCUCAGGCAGUGGGCUGGCUUCAAGGCAGUGUCCGGCCACCCUUAGAGGUGGUGAGUGCCUGGCUGGUCCUGCCUCAGGAACAGGGUGAGUAGGUAAAUAGAGAUGUAGGCCUUUUUUCUCUUUUUUUUCUGUCUUUCAGAUGCUUGCACUUUCCCCUUUUCCUUCUACUGCCCUGCACUUACUUGUUAGCACUCACUUAAAUGACCACGUACUCUGUACUUUGCUGUAAAUAAAGACUGAACAGAA